AUGGGCGCUCGGGGCCCCGGCCGCCCGCAGGCUCGGGAGCCCCGCCAGCCGCGGAGACCCCGCGCGGGAGCCGAGAUGUGUCUGCGCCUUGUGAACGAGGGCUCCCUGGGGGCCUGGACACUGACUGUCAAGCUCAUCCUGGGGCCUCAGGACCUGGCGCAGAGCAGGCGCUCGGAGUGGGAUGAGCACAUAGAUGACUACACCAGUGGCUCGAGCGUGGGUGACUUCCGGAGGGUGCUGAUGAAGACGGGGCUGGUGCUGGUGGUGCUGGGCCACGUGAGCUUCAUCGCAGCCGCUCUGCUCCACGGCACUGUGCUACGCUACGUGGCUGCCCCCCACGAUGCCGUGGCUCUGCAGUACUGCGUGGUCAACAUCCUCUCCGUCACUUCUGCCAUCCUGGUCAUCACCUCGGGUAUUGCCGCCAUCGUGUUGUCCCGCUAUCUCCCCAGCAUCCCCUUGCGCUGGACAGUGUUCACCUCGAGUGCGGCCUGCGCCCUUCUCUCUCUGACCUGCGCUCUUGGCCUCUUGGCCUCCAUCGCCGUGACCUUUGCCACCCAGGGCCGGGCACUACUGGCCGCCUGCACUUUUGGGAGCCCCGGACUACUGGCCCUGGCGCCUGACUGCCCCUUCGACCCCACGCGCAUCUAUAGCUCCAGCCUGUGCCUCUGGGGCAUCUCACUAGUGUUCUGCGUGGUGGAGAGUGUGUUCGCUGUGCGCUGCGCCCAGUUCGCCCACGGGCUGCUGGAGCUGAGGCCCUGGUGGGGAAAAAACCACCACCACGCGAUACAAGACAGCCCAGAGCCCGUGGAGGGCCGCGACCUGCUGAGCUGCACCAGCUUGGAGCCGCUGACCCUCUGACAGCUGAAGCCUCGCCGGGGCCCAAGCCCCCGGGGCCCCGCAACCAAGUCUGCACUGUGACCAGGCCAGGGAUUCCUAGAGCUGCCCAAGAGGGCUCAGCGGCCACAAGGGGACCCACACGUGGGGUUUUCAAUCCCUGGCCACCCAGCCCACUGCACUGAAACGAGACUUUAUUCUGAAGUUAUUAAAAAGACAGA